GACUUUCCAUACUCGGCAUUGAGAAGUAAAGUGAAACGUCUGCAUGCAUUUUACGACAUUUCGCAGUGCAUGUGAUUUGCAUAUCAGGUCAUGUAAAAUGCCAACUCUAAAGUGCCAAUGACUGCAGAAAAUAGUCAGCUAGAGUCGUUAUCAAUCGGUAGUUUAGGUUGCUGUGUUUUUCUUGUUCUUUCUAAACCUGAUCACACUGCAUCUGGUGUGGAGAGAGGAAUAGCUAAGCAGACAGUGGGAUAGAUAUGCAGUAGCAACAACAAGCCUUGGAUCGUGUGAGAUGAUGGGCUUUUUAUUUUCUUUUACUUUGAAUCAAAUCUAACCAAAAGCUUCAAUUGCUACCUACAAAAUCAGACAAACUGUUGUGUGUAUAGGAUAGCACAGCAGACUUCGUUGGUUUGUAACCUCUGGUUUUAACCGCACCCUUUCUGUUGGGAUACAAAACACACAUCAGAGAAAAUGGCGGAACUUGAGAAGGAAGGACUGCCCCAAACAAUGCAGGAGAACCGAGAUGAAGAGGAGCCCCAAUAUACUGAUGACUCUAAGCCGAGCAAGAUUCAAGACGACGCAUGUUUCGAGGAAAAGCUAAUUGAAGAGGUCAGAAGGUACACCAAUUUGUACAACACCUCAUUGAAAGACUAAAAAGACUUCACCAUGACCAACAACAGCUGGAAGGAGAUAGCUCAAACUCUGAGAGUAGAAGAACAAAUUUGCAGGACGAAAUGAAAGAACUUGAGAGACAGAUAUGUCAGACUGAGGAGGAAAAUGAAGGGGAAGAGUGGGGAUGCAGCAUCAGGAAUACAACCACAAAUACUCACCACACUGUCCUGGCUGUCUGGCUUCAUAAAACACAAGGAGACAGAGUCAAACUAUCCAAAGGCAGAGGAGAUGGACACCCCAGAAGACCUGCAAGAAGACAACCUGAUCGAGCAGGAACAUUUCCACAGUUCUAAUAAUGAGAAGCAAGAUGGACAUUUGGCAGUUAGGAGGAAUGUAAUAUUAGAACGAACUAAAUUCAACCAAAGACAACAAGAAGCAGGAGAGACAGCUGAUGAUUUUAUCACUGCACUUCAUUGUUUGUCAGAACAUUGCAGUUAUGGAGCUCUGCUCAGUGAGAUGAUAAGAGACAGACUAGUUGCAGGCUUACGUGACAGAAGACUGUCCAAGCAAUUACAAAUGGACCCAGAACUAACACUGGAUAAAGCUGUCACACGCAUUCGUCAAACUGAACUUGUGGAAAAGCAACAGGACCUGCUGGAGCAUACCUUCAAAGCUGCCAGCAGCGUGGCAAAUGUAGACAGUGUGCUUUCAUAUAGCAAACAUCCAUGCCCAGCCAAUGUCCAGUGCCAAUCAGAGAAGAAGAAUCAAAACUCAGAAAGACCACAACAACCCCAAACAACGCAGGACAAUGCAGAAGAGCCCCUAGAUACUGAUGACUUCAUUGAGGAUUUCAGUCCUGGAGGAGAAAAGCCUCACUACUGCGCCUACUGCGGUAGGAGCUUUCAAAAAGUGAGGGAUCUUAUAAGACACCAGCGAACACAUACUGGAGAGAAGCCUCACCACUGCCCUGAUUGCGACAGAAGUUUUGCUAGAUUAGAUAAGCUUAAAUUACACAAGCGAACACAUACUGGAGAGAAGCCUCACCACUGCCCUGAUUGCGACAGAAGUUUUGCUCGAUUAGAUAAGCUAAAGAUCCACCAAGAAAUACAUAUAGGAGUGAAACCUCACCGCUGCCCUGAUUGCGACAGAAGUUUUGCUCGAUUAGAUAAGCUUAAGUCACACCAAAAAAUACAUGCGAAAGACAAACGUAUUUUUCAUUCCUCUGACUGUGUGAAAAGCUUUGUCCUUUUGGAGAAGCUUGAAAAACACCAGCUGGAGAAUACCUUCAAAGCCACCAGCAGUGCAGCCAAUGUAGACCGUGUGCUCACACAGCAGAAAACAUUCAACAAAGUCAAAGAGAGUAAAAGGCAGCAGAGUAAAAUACGAGCUAGAGCUCCAGGAAAGGGAACACCAUCACAUAGCAAAACAAUGCAGGAGAAGGAAGAGGAGCCCCUAGAUACUGAUGACUCUGAUGAGUGGAUCGACGGUUUCAGUCCUGGAGGAGAGAAGCCUCACUACUGCUUUGACUGCGGUAAGAGCUUUAGAAAAGUAGGGGAUCUUAUAAGACACCAGCGAACACAUACAGGAGAGAAGCCUCACCACUGCCCUGUUUGUGACAGAAGUUUCGCUAGAUUAGAUAAACUAAAAUUACACCAAGAAAUACAUACAGGAGUAAAGCCUCACCACUGCCCUGAUUGUGAGAAAAGUUUUGCUCGAUUAGAUAAGCUUAAAUUGCACCAAAAAACACAUAUGAAGGAGGAAUGUAAUUUCCACUGCUCUGACUGUGUGAAAAGCUUUGUCCGAUUGAAGCAGCUUGAAAAACAUCAGCUAAGACACAAGAAAAGUGUUGAAAGACACACAACACAUUUGAGCAAAAGAAAAACAUUUCUCUGCACAAUAUGCGGGAAGGAGUGUCGCAACAUGAAAAUACACAUGCGAGUACACACUGGAGAGACACCGUAUCACUGCACUGAAUGCGGGAAGAGUUUUUCAUAUACACAAUCGUAUCAAAGACAUAUACUAACACAUAAUACCUCUGGAGAAAGAGCAACCUAUCCUUGUUUGGAAUGUGGAAAGACUUUUACUCGCAGAGAUGGCAUGGCGAGACACAUGAGGAGGAUUCAUACUGGAGAGAGAAAUCAUCAGUGCAGAGACUGUGGAAAACUAUUCUUUAAAAAAGGUACACUGAAGAGACACAUGCUAGUUCACACUGGAGAGAAACCAUACCAGUGCUCUGUCUGUGGGCAACCCUUCUCCCAAGAUGGAGACAGAAAACGUCACGAGAAGAGGCACUACUCUGGUGUCUCAGAUUUCCUCAAUCUAUAAUGCAGAAGUGUUGCAGGUAGCCUAGCGGUUAAGUGUUGGGCCAGUAAAAGGUUGCUGUUUCGAAUCCCCAAGCUGACUAGGUGAAGAA